CCCUUCUCAUCCGCCAAUUUUUGUUUUUCAGUUGACAAAAUAUCUCAGGCUCCAGCUCCACUAGCUCAGUCGGGAGCCUUAAACACACACGCUCUCCUCGUAUUCACUGCCCCAUAUUACUCCCAUGGCCGCGUGCUUAUUCCUCCUCCCCACCAUUCCCUGCAAACCCCGAAUACCCACAAACUCUUACAUCCCUAAGAUCGCCUGCUCCUCCCUCGCAACCCAAUCGAAGCUCGCAAAGCAAGACCUUCUCAACCUCAUCUCUGACCAGGACCGAGGCCUCAAGACCCAGACCAACUCAACCAAGCGAGCAUCCAUCGUCAAGGCCGUCGACGCCUUGGCUGUUCUGGGAACGGAUACCGUCACCACCGGGAGUUUGCUCUCGGCGACUUGGAGACUGCUCUGGACCACGGAGAAAGAACAGCUUUUCAUUAUUGAGAAGGCCUACUUGUUUGGCACCCAAGCCGGUGACGUAUUGCAGGUCAUCGACGCUGAGAAGAAGGUCCUCAACAACGUCAUUACUUUUCCUCCUCAUGGGGUUUUCUAUGUUCGGUCCAAUAUUGAAAUUGCUUCCAAGCAGAGAGUGAAUUUUAGAUUUACAAGUGCGGUUUUGCGUGGGGAAAACUGGGAGAUUCCGUUGCCCCCAUUUGGACAGGGCUGGUUUGACACUGUAUAUUUGGAUGAUGAAAUUCGCGUCGUAAAAGAUAUUAGGGGAGACUACUUAGUUGUAGAUCGAGCUCCUUAUAAUUGGAAAGAAUGAAGAACAUACGUUUUUGGCAUUAUUGUUGAACUACUUGAACACAGCAUUGCUUGGAAUGAACACAUGACUGUUGUAUGCUCCUUAUAACUAACUGGAGGAAGUAAGAUGACGCAACUUUUGCCUUCUUCAGCUGUGUUUCCUAGCAGAGCAUUCUUCGCAUAAUGGAUACAUAUCUUCUUGCUCAUAAUAUAUGUAUUUGUGAUUAAAUUGGUCUGUAUAUUCUUUCCUCAUAACAUGUUCUUGAUAAUUAACUCUGUAAACUCUUUACAGGAAAGUAAUUUCCUUUAUGAUCCACUACCAAGCCAUAAAUAGAAGCUUCUGCUUUGCUUGUC